CUGUACACUUUCCAUAUAGGUUAAUACUGUUAUAUAGGGCUUUAAAACCGCUGCAUUAUAAAUAAUAUAACUAGUCGUGUUAUUUCCAUAGUGCAGUUUGCUUUUGUGAAACAUGGCGUUUGAUGUUUGGAUUUAAGAUUGGGCACUUAAUUUCUAAAAGAAAAGUCAAGAGUUCUAGGGAAAAUCAUGGCGACAGGUGUUUCAAGUGGCCACUAUUCACCGGAAAAUGAGAACUUCUGCAGAUACUUUCGACUUGUGAAUGAAACUGGUGUGAAACCUUUAAGGAAGAUCCUUGAAAAUGAAGCAACAUCUCGGCAGAUGACUGUCGAAGUUUUCUUGGGUAACCAUAAAACAACUAUGCAAGUUUUAAGGCAGAGGGGUACGAUUCAGAAACAUCAAUUCGAUAUAAUGUACCCACAAACAGGAAACUUUCAAAUGAAAAAAUUGGAUAUAAGUCUUCUUUGUUUAAUUAUUAAGAACACAUGCACUAUAUCAUCGAGAGGUCGAACAGCAGCGGAAGAUCUUCGGAAGUCUAGAAACGAUCUUUGUCACAAUCCAGUAACAGCUUUAUCAAGAUUAGAUUAUGACACAAAAUUUUCGAAUAUUCAAAAUGUCAUUAAAACACUUCUAAAAGAGUGUCAAGAUGUAAACUUUGAGACAGAUGUCGAAAGGGAGAUAACAAACAUUGAUGAAGGACCUAUAAGUGUGGCAUCAAUGCUACCGCUAUUUAAGGAAUUUAUCGAUGUGCAACCUUCAAUGCAUAAUAUUGAUGACAAACUGUUUAAGUUAGAGAAAUCUGUAUAUGUACUGUAUGAAAGAACUGGAGAGUUACACGACGAAUAUGCAAGCGUCGAAAAGCAGCCAAAGCUGACUAAGGAAGCUGUAGAAAAAAUACUUCAAUUGGAUCUUCGACGGAAAGAAUCAGACCAAAGUAUUAGGAUACUUUGUGACCAAACUGAGGCUGUACUAAAGGAACUUAAACCAAUUGUGCAUACGGAACAAUUUUUUGAAGCAGAACGUAUGUUAGAAUCAAAGGGAAUUGUAAUUGUCAGCGGUGAAACUGGAGAAGGAAAAACAUCAACUGCAUUAGAAUUACUGAGGAGACGGAAGGAUAGAUAUACUUGCAUCCAAAUUUAUAGUCCAGAACAUGUUCAUAAGAUAGAUCCUAAAACGUUUCCUACUAUAUUUAUUGAUGACAUAUUUGGCAGUCACGAGUUAGACAAAAGUAAAACUUACACUUGGGCGCCUGUAUUAGAAAAGCUGCAAAAUCUACUAAAUGCCAAAGCGUUUACGGCAAUAAUAACAACAAGAGAGAUAGUACUAAGAGAAUGUAGUUCUUCACUUGAAAAAUACCCUAUGUUUGAAAACAAAGUGCAACUAAGCUCAAAAUUGUUAAGCGCUGAUGAAAAAUUUAAUAUUCUUUCAGCGACUUUAACUGAAAAGAAAAGGUAUCUACCGUCGGAUCAACUUAGUAAUUGUAUUUCAGAAUUCAAUACUGGCCUAGGCUUCCCAUAUAUGUGUUUUUUAUUUGCCUCCGAUGAAGAGUAUUUUCGUAAAGGCGAAGCAUUCUUCAAGCAAGAUCUUAUUCUUCAUUCUAGGAUGUUAUCUAGAUUAACGAAAAACAAGCAGUUUGCAUUGCUUUUUCUCUGGAUAAUGGGUGGUGAAUGUCCUAUCGCACUUACACGUUCCGAUAAAAAUGAUGAAUUAUUUCAAGAACUCACUUCCAAUUUGAAACAUAAUAUAGAUAUAAAUUGUAUUUAUACAGAAAUUCAGAGAAGUUUUGAAGUAAUGGACGGUGUGUUCGUGGGCAAGACAAACGGGCAUUAUACAUUUUCUCAUAGCAGCAUAUAUCUCUCUACAGGGUUUUAUCUUGCUCAGAUGGGCUUGUUUCCAUUGAUUAUAUCUAAAAGCAGUUUACAAUUUUUCAUGCAAUGUCUCACUAUCAAAGACGAGCAUAGACAAAAUGUUUUGUACGUAAGGAAAGAAUAUCAUAAAGACCUUGUUGAGAGACUGAUUAAAGAGGUCAUCGAUGAAAAACAUAUUCAAGAAAUGGCAGCAUUUCAAUGUUUAAAUGGCAAUGUAUUGAAUUUACUGAUUGAAAGCCUUAAACAAAACAAAUUGCGUUUAAGGUCGUUCUUAUUUUCAGGAAUGGAAAGUGAUUAUUACGACGCCGAAACGUGUCGGUAUAACUUUCUUUCUAGUUUUAUACUAGCACGAGCUGAGGAGGAGUCUUGUUGGUUUUUAGAAAAAAUAUUGAAGAUUUUAAAAUGUGCACAUCCUUUCCAACGAGGACAAAAUUGCAACAUUUGUCAUAUGUAUUUGCAAGCAUUUCGUGCUGCAUGUCGAAAUGGCAAAGAAAAUGCACUGAGGUUGCUGCAGUUUGUCAAAAUCGAUGGAAGUAUGUUAGUUGAUGCAGCAUGUAGUAGCAAUCCCAAUAUGUACAGAAGAAUAAAGAAAAAGCUUGAUUCAGGUCAAAUAGACAUGUAUCAAAAACGAGCAUUACAUAGAGCACUGAAAAACGGACACCUUAACAUGUACCAUGAAAUCAAAUUAAGUGGCUGCAGACCAGACACGGAGUGUUUAGUAAUUGCAGCUGACUCAAAGUAUGAGGAUUUAGUAAGGGACAUUAUUUCUGAUUUACAAGUAUCAAAUGCACUUGUAAGAGACAGUCAUGUUCGGUACGUAUUAAGUACUAUAUUUUCAUUAAGUGUGUUCGAUAGAUUAUGCAGCGUUGACAUGCUACCUGAUGUUACUAAUAUUACCCUUUCUAUGAAAUCUAAUAACAGGCUUGUUGAUCCCAUUCUGUGGGAUCUGAAGUAUGCUGAUAAAACAAAGAAAGUAAACGCAUACGCUCGAAUUGCUCUAUGGAAGGAAUUGAUACAAAAUCGUGCAAUAGAAGAAGCAUUUGUUAAGAAAGGUCUAUUAGAAACAGACGAAUAUCUCAAGCAAAACGUGAAAAGUAGUAAUGUUGACAAUGUAAGUGAGGUUAUCCAUUACAUGGAACAAAACAAUGUUUGGAAAAACAAAAGCACACUUGUAAGUGAUCUACUGAAUCUGUCUUUAGUAUCGUCGUCUGCGGUGUUCAAAUUUCUUCUCACAAAGAAUGUAGUGCCAACACCUGAAAUACUGUAUAUGGCAGUGCUUAGCAGCGACUUUGACAGUGUUCAGCUGAUCGUUAAAAAAAUGAAGAAUAUGGGUGCAUUUUAUCCGAAGAAUACCUUAAUGAAAAGAGCCGUCUUGGUAUCUGUUCACUAUAUUAAAAUUUACAAUUACUUGAUUUCGGAAGGAAUGCUUCCCAGCGCUUACCAUUUUCUAUAUGCUGUUGAAUGUCGUUCAGAUUCUGGCGAAGAAAUUAUUCAAAAUCUAUUUUCUGUUGUUGGAUCUGUGGAUCUGUUAAAAGUAAGCACAAUGCAGCUGGCGUUAUUAGGUUCAGUUGAUAUGAUACCGCUAUAUAAAUGUUUAAGUGAGCACGUUAAUCUUCCACCAAAUGCUCUAGAAAUCGUGUCAGGUGGAGGAAAUAUAACACAGAUCAGAACCAUCAUCAAUCAUUUGAAACUUCAAAAUGCUUGGCCUCCAUUUUACAGUGUAAUAGAACGAACCUUAAUGAAAGUACUCUGUCGUAGAGAAAUUUUCAGGGACCUCAUGAAUGAAUUUGAAUUCAGCUUUUCACCCUUUUAUGUAUUGUUUGCGGUUAGGGAAAACAAACAACGAAAUGUCAGAGAGUGUAUUUCAUAUCUAAAAAAGAAAACAAAAUUGAGUCCUGCGAACAUCGUUUUAAAAUUAGCAUUGUUAGAAAGCCGGGAACAUAUAUCUGGUAUCUUGCGAGAAAAUGAAGUAACAACAGUCAAUCUGUUGGAAGACGCUUGUAGCUUGGGACACGCUGAACUCCGAUCAUAUAUACUGGCAUUGACAGCAAAAACCGGACCGAUUGCAAUUGACUAUACAACCUUAAACAGUGAUAUUGUGCGGGCAUUUUUGAAAUAUCCAAAUUUAUGCUCAGAAGACCUUCUCGAAAGAGCCAUAAAAGUAAGCGAUGGCAUUGUCAUCUCUGAGUUAAUACAAAUUAUGCAGUCACAAAACAGCGGUUUUCCCUGUGAUGCAUAUGCAUCUAGAAUUUUGCAACUGUCUGCCAAACGAUGUGAAAUUUAUGUUGUUUUAUUAAAAAUGAGAUUCAAACCGACAGUGGAAUGUUUGAUCAGAGUAGCGAAAUGCGGUUCCUUAAAAAUAUAUGCUAGAACUCUGAAAAGACUUCGAAAGAGACAUCUGCUCUAUAUCGACAGUACAAAUGCCAGAUUGGCAUUAAAAGAAGCUCUUAAACGAGAUGACGUUAGGUUUUACACAAUCAUUUCCGCAUAUGGCAUAACACCUGAGCUGGAUGACAUUUUGUAUGCUGUUCAAAAUGAAAAAUUAAAUGUGUGCAAGUUUCUUGUGAAUGAUUUACCGAAGUCAUCCUAUCGUUGGUCGAAUGGAAAAUUUGUUUUGUUGCUUCGGACAAAUUUUCAGGUUGGUUUAAUGUUAUUGAGAAAGGGUUUCAAACUAAAUACUGGUGACCUACUUAAGGUAGUCGAAUAUUAUUUUGAACAGGAGAUGUCAUUUGAAACAGUUAGACGAAUAUUUUGGUAUCAUUUCAAUAACUGCCAUUGGUGUUUCACUGAUGAAAAUUUGAAAACUAUCAAUGAAAGAGCAAAAGAUGAUUCACAUAUAUUCAGUCUUGUUGAAGGCUAUAUUAGCACUGCACAAGAAAGACGAAUUUUUCAAGCGCUUAAAUGUGGAGAUCAAUGUAAACCGGAUAUUUGGUUUAGUGGAUAUGCAUUUGAUGCAAUCACGGUAAUAACGAAUGUUCUAAAGCAAAUAUUUACUUCAAGGGCCACGCUAAGUGGGACAUGUGUUAGCGCAAUUAUAAAACUUUUAGAAAGCAUGAACACAGACCGUAGUCUCAAAUUUCUAUUGAGUGUUUUGACAGAUGAUUUGAUAAAAACUGUCCGAAGUGCAGUUACAUUAACAAAACAAGACAAAGAUCAACUGAAUACACGAAUCAUCCAAAUUGCAUUGGAAGAAGCAAUGUAUAAGGAUCCUAAGGGUAAAGAUAUAGAAAACGAUUGUACUUCAGAAAUAUACAGUACCAUUCUAGAUACGUGUUGCAUUGAACCGACUUCAUACUGUCUUUACUAUGGAUUAAAGUACAGAAGGGAUAUUUGUUUCGAAAAAACAUUAGAUCGUCUUCCAAUUUCAAUGAAAACCUCCGACGAUCCGUAUUAUAAAUCUACAAUUGCUUUAUGUUGUGAGAGGUCCGAUGUCAAUACCUUCCAUCGACUUUUGAAAGGGCCCAGAUGCAUUGACACUGAACUACUGUUUGAAACAGUUUGUAGCAAUAACAAGAAUUUUUUCAGCAGGUUCAGAAAUAUUUUACAAAAAGAGAAAAUGUGGGAUGCAUCGUUAAAAGAGUAUUGGAUAGCUGCUGCUAUGUACAAAGCUAAAUCUGAAAACCUUACAUUUUUUAUUUAUCAAUUUACGUCAGAACAUGAAGUUCAGGAGGACAACACUGGGUACACAGUCUCUUUUAGAAAAAACGAUGAAGAUGGUUACGACCAACUUUCUGCUCCUGAAAGGAAGGAAUCGCUUUACGGAGUAGUUCAUAAAUAUGCAGAAGUGGAUGAAACCGAAACUGAAUACGCAUAGAAUAUCAUGCAUUCCACCUGUCUUCAUUUAAUGUGUAAGUAGUAACAGCACGUUAAAUGAGAUAGUGCAUAGGUAAUUUAAGACAGGUUUGUCAUAUAACUGACUAUUUCUUCUUUUGUUAAUAUAAAUAAUUGCCUGUAUCUAGAAUUUGUUUAUAAGGCGCAGAUAAUCAUUUUAGAUAUGUGUAGUGAAAACUUAUAUUUCGAACUUACGUUUGCAUAUGUAUAUUUUAAUGUAAUAAAACCGCCGCUUUGGGUCACGUUCCAGAGCGGGCACAGGUGUAGAUAAAUAAACAUCCUCCCCGUUUCUUGAGAUGUAAAAUGUAUUGUUUUUAUUGCGGUAACCAAAUAUAAGUAACCAUUUCAUAGUCCUACUGGACUGGCAAGAGUUUAAUGACAUAAUGAUACUUAAGUUACUUAGAUUUUAGAUUUACAGUAUUGUUUACAACUAGUAUGUUUGUCGACGUUUUAAUUAUACGUUGUAGUCGUAAAAUAAAUAAAAUGACAUGAUGCCUAAUUCUGCUGAAAUUUCUGUAUGGCUUAAGCGAUAUAAUUGUUUAAACGUAUGCCAUUUGAGAAAUGUACUUGAAGAAGCAUUUAAGAUACAUGUAUUAGCAAAAUAUAUGUGUGACAUUAGAUGAUUUGUAAAGUCUUGGCCAUCUUCUAACGUAAAACUGGCUAUUUUGACUUUUUUUCUAAUUAUUGCAUGUAGAGUUUUGAAAACACAAACCUACUAGGUAUAAUAUCCUUUUAAUAACAUACAGGAAUUUCAACAAAAUGAAUUCAUCCUAUUAUAAGGUUAAAGACCUUGUUCCAGGUCAGAAACGCAUAACUGUUCCGACCAAGAUAAAUUAUGAAGAAAAAAAGAGCUGAAGGUAUUGAUAUCUAACAUUAUUACAAUUUUGUAUUACAAGUUUGUAUAUGAACACAUUUUUACUUUAUAUUGGAAUUGUUAUAGCACGUACAUUGUAUUUGUAACAUAUCGAGUGUUGUGUUUGAAUAUUUAUCAAGUGCACACGUAUGUAUUGCCGUUUUGUUUCCUGUUUAUUGCUUUACCAUAGAAACCUGGUGCGCUGUGUAAACAUAGCUUUUUUCACUUUUUGAAACUUUUAACUAAAUAUUCGCAUGACUGGUAGAACAUAAUACUGAUUCAAAGCAAAUUAGUAGAUCAUUGUAUGCUUUCAAAAAAUGACAGCUAGUCAUUUGUUUCAAGUUUAGCAGAUUAUCAACAAACCACAGACGGAAAAUAUGUGUUUUUGUGAAAAUUGAAUCGCAAAUAAAACAUUUUUACCAUGAUCCUAAAGAAUUGUCAUUUUAUUGGCAUGUGUCUUAGAAUCCAGAUAAAUACUUCAGAAAAGGCCAAACUUCUGGAUAGCUCAAAGUGUUUCAUACGAUAAUAUAGUACGUGUAAACUUUUAUGCAUUUGCCUUAAAACUGAAGAAUAAGUAAUUUUUUCAUUGGCUUAAUCAUUUUUUCCAGGAGUCCGCUAUAUGCAAUUUUGAUACAUUGCCAUCUGCAACUAAAUUUCAAUGAAACAACAUUUGUAAAGAAAUUAACACUAUAUGAUAAUGACUUAUUAUUAUAUUUCUAUUCCAUAUAACGAGAAUGUUACUCGUAAAAUGAACGUCUCGCAUCAGUUGGUAAAUGAACAAUAUACCAACACUGUAUUUAUCCAUUACGUGUUUGAUCAAACUGUCCCGUACUGCUUGAUAAUUAAAACACUAUAUAAAAAUAUGUCCCCCCCCCCCCCCCCCCCCCCCGCCCCCACCAUUAAGAAUGUCACUUAUAAAGAAAUGAAUAUAAACAGUUUUCAGAAUUGGAUUUUGAACAAAGUGAUGUGGAAUUUCUGCAUGUGCCAUUAUUGCCAUCAAAAAGAAGAUGUGUAACGGUGUCUAGAACGGAGAGUUUUGAAAAGCGCUGAACUUUCUAGAAGUAGGGGCCUCUGUGGCUGAGUGGUUAAGUUCUCUGAGUUCUAACCACUUGCCCCUCACCGAUGUUGGUUCGAGCCUCACUCUGGGCGUUGAAUUCUUCACGUGAGGAAGCCAUCCAGCUGGCUUAGGUAAGGUAGGUGGUUCUACCUAGAUGUUUGUCACGAUGAAAUAAUGCACGGAGGGGCACCUGUAGUCUUUCUCCACCGUCAAAGCCGGAAAGUUGCCAUAUGACCUAUGAUUGUGUUGAUGCGACGUUAAACCGAACAAAACAAAACAAACUGUCUAGAAGUGUGGCCCCUUUAAGAAUUUUUCCAGAAUUCAGAUCAUAUAUCAGUAAAUUGACAAUCGUUUUGAAGAAGAUAUACAGGUUUUGUAUGUUGUUCAAUUUUUAGAUAAAACACUUUCUUUCUAUAAUUUUAUGAUGUUCAACCGUUUUUAAAUAUGAAUCUAACUGUUAAGAGAUAUAAAUUCCUUACUGAUAAAGUUAAAACAUGACAGCAAGCUUAUUCAUAGUUUGACAAUUACCAUUUAAUAUCUGACAUCUAGCAUUUGGCAUUCAAACUUUUGUUUAUGGCAUAUAUUACUGGUUUUGAGCAUUAUGUAUAACGAAUUUGGCAUUUUUCACUAAGUGUUUAACGUUUGGCAAUUAGCCCGGCAUACAUGUCUUCCAUACAUUAUUUAGAUUCAAUACAUGUACGGUAUUUUUUGUGAUAUAUUUGUUUUAAGCAUGACUAAAUGGAUUGAGGAAUUGUGAUCACGCUGUUUUCGUUGUCCGUCGUGCUUGCGUACGUGCGAGCUUCCAUUCGUCCGUCCGUCCGUCCGUUCGUUUGUCCGUCGUCAUAUUUUCAAAUUUCUUUUAACGACAUCUAUUUAAAAACCUCGGAGAGGACUUUGAAGAUACUUUACACAAAUGAUAUCUGGGUGGUCCUAUUUCAAAUGUGUUCAAAUGGUUCCAGUUCUUUGAGCAUGUGUGUCACUAUGGUUAAAAUAAGUUUCAGCUAUCAAAAUUUAUCAAAUUUCUUCUUUUAAGCGAUAAUAGCUAUAGCCUUGAUAUUCGGGUUGUUAUACCGUGGUUCGACUCUAUACCGUAAAUGUUCUAAUUAUUGCCUUAGGGUCAGAAAUGGUGACGCCCCUGAGUGUGCGAUGUAUAUACAAUAUAUAAUACAUAGGAAAAAUUUGAAAUCUUCUUGUCUGAAGGCAUAAUAGCUAGGGCUUUGAUGUUUGCCGUUAGAUAUAACGGUUUCACUCACUACCAUAUUUGUUCAAAUAUCGCCUUUGGGUCAAAAACGGCCAGACACCUGUGUGUGACAUGUACUUACUAUAGGCUUAGAUAUAAGAAACUUUGAAACAUAAUAGCUAGAGGUUUGACACUUGGCAUGUGAUAGCAGGGUUUGACUGUUGGCUACCGUAAUUGUUCAAAUUAUUGCCCUAGGUUCAAAAAUGGCCGAUAUGUGUAUAAUAUUGUCAUAUAUAAAAGACGCUUUGAAUAUACUCUCUGAAUGAGCAUUGAUAUUUGGCAUACGAUAUCAGUGUUUGACUCUCUAUUAUAGUUGUACCCUAUGUUGAAAAAUGGCUAAGCUACCUGGUGUGAAAUGUUUAUACUACAGGUUAAUAUAUAAGAGAAUAUUAGAAAAUAGUCGCUGAAGCUAUAACGCCUAGAUCCUUGAUAUGUGGCAUUUUGUAAUUGGGUUUGGCUCUGUAACAUAAUUGUUCAGAGUACUGCCCUAGGUUCAAAAAUGCCACACCCCUUACUGUGAUAUAUUCGGAUGCUCACUUCUACGGUAAUAUAUAGAUUAUAGACUUAUAUAAAAUCUUCUUCUCUGAAGCCAUAAAGCUAAAGCCUUGAUAUCUGGCAUGUGAUAAAAUAAUUUGACUCUCUGCUUCAAUUAUUAAUGUUAUUGCUCAAGGUUCAAAAAUGGCCACACCCCUGAGUGUGACUUGUUACCCUGUACUUGUACUAUUGUGUUAUACAGAAACACAUUGAAGACUUUUACACAGGUGAGCGUUUUUAGGUCAAUAACCCACAUAGUUUUCUUUCUUAAACUAACUGCGCGAUUUUUAACACGAGUAUGCGUCUUUUCCCUGAAUGUAUAUGAUGUCCUUGAAUUCAGUGCAUACAUUUUGUAUUUUUAAAUUUGUUUGUUGCAGUGUUGAACUUAAACUUUACGUUAGUUAUAAUAUUGUGAGCAGUUAUGUUAAAAGAAGUCAUCUUUCUUCUAGUUUGUAACACUUAAAACCCCAUUUAGAUUAUAAAUGUACGCAGUCGCCUCAUUUGGCACGUGUUUGAGCGCUUUGUGUACAGAGGAUCUGUUGUUUGAUCCCUAGCCGGUAUAAACUAAAUAACAAUACUUUUGUUGUCAUUUGAUUAAUUGGACGAAGACAACAACACAAAGAUGAUUUUUCUUGACAUAAUGGCUCACAUUUUAAUCUGUUAAUACACUUGAAUUUAUUAUCUGUUGACUACUAUUAUGUCCCUGUGUAUAUGUGUGUUAUAAUGCAUGAUUUCUUGAUAUGCAUCGAUUGUUGACAUAAUCGAUUGUUUAAAUGUUCCAAUUUUAUAGAGAUAAGCAUUAAAAUGUAGCUAAAAUCGUAUCAAAUGUAUUAAGAAUGUAUCUUAACUCAUAACGACUGCAUUCAAAGAGUGCUGAUUUAAUUAACGGCUUAAUUAAAACAUUUUGGUGAACUGUGGAAAUGCACAGUCAUAAUUUUCAGUACGUUAUCAAUUCAGGACGACAAAAAUAUCGUCUUCUGGUAUCGAUCGGCUCUUUAAUUACUCAUUUACUUCCAUUAAAAUACACCAUUAUAAUUUAUAAAUAAAAGCUCAGUUUGCUCGGUAAUUGUAAUAGAAGGAAUGAUGUCGUUAAGUCAGUUAUUUUACCUUUGCACUAGUGGAUUACUUUUAAAUUGUAAAAUCGUAACAAACUACUAGUGUAAAAGUGUAAUAACUCUUAUUUUUGUGAAGGUUAGUGCUUAAAUACCUAGAGAGUAUUAGAAGUUCAGUAAAUGAGUUAAAAUGUUAAUUAUGUCAUGGUAUAUAACCACUUUGAUCUUUGGUCUUCUGUUAUUAUAGCGAUAUUUUCAGUAGCAAGAUUGGUUUCAGCAUUUUAAAAUAAUAAAACUUUAUGUAUUGUAAUACGGAAGCCCAUAAAGGCAAUUUGGAAGAAGAAAAGCUUAGCUGGCAAAAUAUGUACGGAUGGUGUAAUGCUUAGUAGCAGCCAUAAUAGUUUUGGUCAAUUUAUAUAGCUCAUGGGUCGUAUGGAAUCAGUUAAGAAAUUUGGUGGUUUAUUUUCUUUACUCUCUCCAGAUUUACUCCCCUUAAAAUAUGAUAAUUUCUUACAUUUUUAUCUCAUAUUUUUCCACUAAUUUCAAAAUGAAAUGUUAUCAAAAUUGGAAUAAGAUACGUUUAUAUACUUAUAGAUUUUAUAAGCAAUAAACAAAUAUACUUUUUGUAUAUAAUUAUGCACAUUUUAAUCCAUAUUUUGUAUUAUAACAUAUUGUAAAUGUAGUACAAUGUUAUCUUAAUAGCAUCAUUGACAGAUGUACGUGACAUGUGUUAAAUUUUUUAAGUAUAUUUAGUGACUUUUGUUUUACAUUUAUGAGUAGUUGCAUCUAAAUGUUUAAUCAUAAUUUCUAUAUCAUUUCAGUAUAAUGUGACUGGGUGGAGUAUCAUGUCGCGUGUCUACGGCGUGAUAUUCCAUGAAAAAAAGACGCUAAGCUCGAACACACACACGCGCGCAUGCACACGAUUUGACUAUGAAAUGUGCGUAUUCAUGGAGGGCUUUUACAAUCUUACUUGUACAUGAAAUAAAAUUUGAAAACUUAGAAUACAUGAUAAAAUGCCGUGUGAUUACCUGUAGAUUAACAAAAGUUCCUUUUAAAAACUUAUAUAUUUUAUACACAAAACAAUGUAUUACUAUAUAAUGCAUUAGAUAUAAAUAGUUAACGUACAUUGAUAUAGGGAAUACUGUUAACCAUAUAAGAUAAGACAAAACUACUGUUUGAUUUAUCUUUUCCAUAACAAGGUUUUUCAAAUGUCCUUUUUAUUAUGCAACAUCUGGAUAUAAGAUACACAUCAUUCUAAAGAUUGAAGCUUCCAACACAUUUUUAAUUACGAUAUUGUAUUUUUCUCUAGAUAAAAGCUGAGCAAAAUCACAACUUCUUACAAAACAAUUUUUUUUAAAUUUUAGAAAUAAAAAACAUGGAAUUAUUGCUUUUUUGCAAACUAGAUAUCCUUAAAUUUUGAAACGUUUUGAUAUCAGGAAUCAUGAAUGAAUUUUAUAAUGGAAAAUAUUAUGUCAAAAUCGUUUGUCUUUUAUGAUUUAUAGAAAAAUUAUCAAGAUCUUUUCAACAGUAAACAAGCUGGAAGAUAACAGAGAAAGUAUUGCACUAUGAUUAGAGAAGAAAAGAAAAUCUUGUGAACAAACGGUCUACGUUUAAAAGGAAAGUAGGCAAAUUGGCGCUAAGAAAAUAGCCGCCAGUCUUCCGAAAUUUUUAAAGUUGAAGAAAAAAGUACAUAAUUUGCUUUUAUUCCUUUGAUGUCUCUAAUCUAAAGAAAUAUUAAACAUGAAAAUCAUAUUUAUAACAUUACCAUAGGUAUGCUUAUUUUUUCCAUCUUUUGUUCAGAACAUUGGCACCAGACCAGAAAGAAAAUGCCUCUGUACAUGUUAUACCCUACCCCUAGUAUUCUAUAAGAACCAUGGUCAUGAAUGGGAAAAUAUACUAACCCAUUUCAAUCGCGUAUUUCAUACCUAAAACACACAGUUCGGUAAAUGUGUACUUAUGACAUUAAACAAGUGGUAAUUUAUCUUCCAUUGUGUACCGGUCACAUUUUCUUCAACGGUACAAAAAAAAAAUGCUUGAACUCCCUGGUGAAGUUCCGGUCUAGAUUACAAAACCGUUGUGAUUGGCUGAUGUGAAAAUGUAUGUCAGUCUUCAUUUUACUAUACUACUACUAAAAUGUUUAAAUGCAGCAUAGAUGUGCAAAAUGAAUUAAAUAAGCAGAACAGAUGUAUACCAAUGUAUGAUUUCAAAUUCAAAAUCAUAUACAAGAUGAAUUUCAUUCAUCAUUUCGAGCCUUAUCGUAAAACUGCUAAUAUAUUGCAUUCUGUUUUUGUUUGUUUUCAUUUCGCUUAACAUUUGCACACCACCGUGACCUCUAGACCGGAAGUUAACAUUGACUAAAGCAUGAAAUAUGUGGAGCCCCUCUGCAAUAUGGAAUAUUGAGACAAUGUGACUGGUGCACGAUGGAAGAUAAAUUACCGCUUGUUCAAUAUACUAGGUACCCAUGCACCGAACUGCGCGUUCUUGGCGAGAAAUGUACGAUUGAAUUGGGUUAGUGCACUUACCCGUUCAUGACAAAGGUUCUUAUAGAAUACCUAGUGGUAGGUAUAACAUGUACAGAGGCAUUUAUUUCUGAUCUGGUGCAUGUGGUUCAGAACACUAAAUAUUGGAACUUAAUCAGAAUAGCAUCAGUCAAACAGCUCAAGAACCAAAUAGAUCUUGAAAACGAAAUUUAUGAUAAAAGGCCCUUAUCAGCAGUUUUAACGAUGACAGUCAAAUUAUUUGGUAAAUAUACCUGCUGUAUGUCCAUGCUUUAUAUAAUAUUCUCAGUUAGAUGAGACAUUUGAAUAAAAACAACUUAUUUUACUUAUUCUCUUGAGUUUUGAUAUUUCUGAGAUUUGUCUGCCAUUUCCUCGUGUAAAUGCUGAGUACUCAUUAGAUUAUGAUUACAUGUUUCAAGCAGAUCAUAAAGAACAUCUUUUUCAUUAAACAAUGAGUUUUUAAAAUGUUCAUUUAUGUGGCUGGAGAUGUUAACAUAUAAUUACAAAUAUUGUUUUCCUAAUUUCAUGAAAAUUUAAAACAAAAUUUGAAAAUGUAUCAGGAAAAAUUCAAAAAUUAAAACUUUAAAUUGUUUUCCAGUUGAAGUAUUAAACAAAAUAUACUUAAUAAUUAAGCAAGUAUUUUUAACACAAGAGCUAGCACUUCAUAAAGUAUACAAAACAAAACAGUUUUGCAGAAGCUUACAAAUUACUAUACCACAUUUUGAAAAUAAGAAAGUACUUUUAAAAUGCCUUCAAAAUUUCAUCAAAAUGAAACACGUAUAAAGCAAGCAAUAUGCUAGAGGAAUCGUUGUUUUUUAUUUGUACGGCCAUAUUACUCUAAAGAUGUGUAUUGAUCUUUAUAUUCCACAUAAAUGCAUCUCUGGUUACUUAAAGAAUGUUUCAUUGUCUGUAUUUAGAUUAGAAUGUUGGUCGAUUUCUCAGGCCUUUUGUUCAAAAAUAACUUACAGAUAUGACUUAGAAUACACGCACUCACGCACGCACACACACGCAUUCACGCACGCACACUGGACUUGUCUCAUCUAGGCCUGGGAAAUAAAUCAUUGCAAUCAUGUAGUCCAUUUCAUGAUGUAUCUUUUUUUACGAUUCUUAUUGCUGUUUAUUAGUUUUGCUAAAGACUUGUAUAAAAGACGAUAACUGACAAGUAUCUAUUAUAUUGUAAUAUGUAUUUUGCAAUAUGUUUGUUGAAAGAUAAUAGCAAUGCGAAAAUCUAUGAAAGAUAUAUAAUGAAAAUGACAA